GUACUUUCAUACGCCUUUUGACGUACGGGCGAUAAACGAUAUCGAAAUUUUGAGAAUCUACAUGGUAUUUAGGGGUUAACUUGGAAAUACGUUUUGUUAUUUAUGACUGAAAUAAUUUACGAAGUCUCUAUGGGUUUAUGUCGUAACGUACUGCACCGGAAGAGUCAACUGCGUAGCUUGCUCAGAGUUGAAAGGUUAAGUAGCGUUAGCAAUUGUUAGCACAGAUCGCUAGCUACUGUCUCGUUCGCCCAAAACGCCGCAAUAAUGUCAGCGUGUGAAGAAAGCUCAGGCACGACUGUCCCAUCAGUGCUUAUCACAAGCUCGGACACUGCUUUUAAAGAAGAGGAGUUGAUCAAACAGAUCCUUAAUACGCAAACGCUGCCAGACCCCAUCAAGCAGGAAGCAACAGUAGCUUGGUAUCCAUGGACCAUCAACAACAAAUACUACACUGCAGAUGUCAGACUAUGCACAGUACCAAGCACGUUUAACAUGACUUCAGAGAUUGCCCAGUCCAUGCAGGCUUUCAUCGCUUAUUUUAACAGCACAGCGAAGGAUGGUUUGGAGAAGCUGUCUCCCUGGAUUUCAGUGGUGGAGGAUCUUGCGCCAGAUGUGCUCAUUUUGGUGUGUGACCGAGUCAAUGAAAAUGGGGUCACAAGACAUGAGGCACAGCAGUGGUGCUUGGCUCAUGCAUUUGAGCUGGUGGAGCUGAAUCCUCAAGAUUUGCCAGAUGAAGAUGAUGACUUUCCAGAGUCUACAGGAGUAAAGAGAAUUGUCCAGGCUCUCAAUGCCAAUGUGUGGUCCAGUGUGGAGAUGAAGGAUGAACACAAUCAAGGCUUUGGUUUGAUGAGUAGCCUGGUGGCAUCUAGACACAACAACCGCCGCAAUUGCCAAGACCCAUCAUCUUCUAGUUUGCCAGUAGAGGGCACAAAUGAUAGCAAAGAGGUUAGGGUUCCUGAAACUGGUGGCAACACAGACACACAAGUGGACACCAUAGUCGAUCCGAUGAUUGAUUUGGACAUUCAGGAACUGGCUAAUCUAACUGCUGGAGACGCAGAUGUGGAGAACUUUGAGCGCCUGUUCACCAAACUAAAAGAGAUGAAAGACAAAGCCUCAUUUUUACCUCAUGAGCAGAGAAAGGUUCACGCAGAAAAGGUAGCCAAAGCUUUUUGGAUGGCUAUUGGUGGUGAUGAAGAUGAGAUAGAGGGCUUAUCAUCAGGGGAAGAAAGCUAAACAUAAAGUACCAUUUACUUUAGUCAUUCUUUCCCUUGGCCCCUCUUACCCCUACCUGGGCUUCUUCAACACCCAGUGCCCUUUAACCUGCUCUUAACACAAUGAAUCUGGAGACAGAAAAUGGUACUGUAGGCGUGGAGAUAAUGAUCCUUUGUCUCUUCAUAUGAAAUUGAUUAUGCAGUACUGCUGUAUAUUGAAAAGCAGUUGGAUUUUCUUAUCAGGGACAGAAAGACACUUAGAUGAAGGUAAAGGUACAGUCGUAAGAGCCAAUGGACAGUCCUGAACCUUCGCUCACCAUGUCCUUUUCCCUGGGUGCCUCGCUGCACUUUUUUUUUAAAGCUCUCUGUGAAUUUUAAGACUGGUGAUAAUGUGGUUAAAAUAAGCGCCGUAUAGUAAGGAUGUGUGUGGUUUGUUUUCAAACCUCUGAUUGUCCUUUUUGUGUAGGCACAGUUGUCGCAUUGAUUACAAAGCGACAAACACGCCCUCUGAUUUAAAGGAUUUGUAAGUCACUGAGUGUGCAAUAUGUUGAAUCCACAUGAAUGAUUAAAAACAGAUGAUUUUA